AUUCAUGAACGACCAGUGGAUUCCUGCUUCGAGAACGGCCGGAUCCCGCAGCUGUUACUUUUGGCUGCUGUCAGUACAGAGUGCGGCUUGCAUUUUAGUUGAGUUACUGCUUGGAGAAAGAUGGUCGUUCGACAGUACAAUGAUGAGCUCAAGUUCCUCGAGCGCAUGAUGCCGAAUUGCUGGCGAAUCAAGAAGGGGUUCCAGCCCAACAUGAAUGUGGAUGGAAUAUUUUAUGUGAACGAUCACCUAGAGAAACUCAUGUUUGAGGAGCUACGAAAUGCCUGUCGUCCUGGCAUGGUUGGGGGCUUUUUGCCAGCUAUGAAGCAAAUUGCAAAUGUUGCAGCUUUACCUGGCAUUGUCGGGAGGUCGGUAGGACUACCUGAUGUCCACUCUGGCUAUGGCUUUGCAAUUGGUAAUAUGGCAGCUUUUGAUAUGGAUAACCCGAAAGCUGUAGUGUCUCCUGGAGGAGUAGGUUUUGACAUAAACUGUGGAGUUCGUCUUCUUCGUACGAACUUGAUGGAAAAUGACGUUACGCCUAUCAAGGAACAGCUGGCCCAAUCGAUGUUUGAUCACAUUCCUGUGGGUGUGGGUUCAAAAGGUAUCAUCCCCAUGACGGCACGAGACUUGGAGGAAGCCCUAGAGAUGGGCAUGGACUGGUCGCUAAGAGAAGGUUAUAUAUGGGCUGAGGAUAAGGAACACUGUGAAGAGUAUGGGAGAAUGGCACAGGCUGAUCCUGCCAAAGUUUCAAUGCGAGCUAAGAAAAGGGGGCUGCCACAGCUAGGUACCCUGGGUGCUGGCAACCAUUAUGCAGAGAUCCAGGUAGUGGAUGAAAUAUACGACAAGUGGGCAGCCAGCAAGAUGGGAAUCGAGGAGAAAGGCCAAGUGUGUGUCAUGAUUCACUCAGGCUCCAGGGGAUUUGGCCAUCAAGUAGCUACAGAUGCACUUGUUGCCAUGGAAAAGGCCAUGAAGAGAGAUGGCAUUGACACAAAUGAUCGACAGUUGGCAUGUGCCAGGAUCAAUUCUCCUGAAGGCCAAGACUACCUCAAGUCAAUGGCAGCAGCAGCUAAUUUUGCCUGGGUUAAUCGGUCAUCCAUGACGUUCCUCAGCCGACAGGGUUCUACACGUGCUUUUCCACCACAUCACCCACUGAUUCCUGUAGACUAUCAGUUGACUGGUCAACCUGUCCUCAUUGGAGGAACAAUGGGCACCUGUUCCUAUGUACUCACAGGUACAGAACAGGGCAUGAUGGAAACGUUUGGGUCAACUUGUCAUGGCGCAGGACGUGCCCUUUCUCGUGCCAAAUCACGGAGGAACUUGGACUACACAGAAGUCCUAAAUAGGCUUGACCAGCAAGGCAUAAGUAUUAGAGUAGCUUCGCCCAAAUUAGUGAUGGAGGAGGCACCAGAAUCAUAUAAAAAUGUAACGGAUGUUGUUGACACCUGUCAUGCAGCUGGUAUCAGUAAGAAAUGUAUUAAGUUACGUCCAAUUGCUGUUAUAAAAGGUUAGACUUUGUUUUGCUUCCAAGAUUUUUCUUUAUAAUUACCAAGUCAUUACAUGUUUACAUUGGUCUGAAUGUAUUACAGUGAAUGAGCAUUGUUAGAAUUUAAGGAAACAUUUAUAUACCGUGAACAAUAUAGCUGAAGUAAGCAAGCAAUUCAUGUAUAUUUCAAAAUUUUCUUUAUUACUGAAAUACUUAUAACAUCUACAUAUAAAAUAUUUAGUAUUUCCAGUAUGCAUACAUUUAUUUUGUCAUAUGAUGAAAUGAUUAAAGAAACUAAGUCACACAUCAUACUAAUUUAAUCUCUGUUUACUAUGUUCUCUGAAAAUAAAUAAAAAAACAAG